UUUCUCUCUAUCCUAGGUCUGGAAGGGCAUGCCCCUGCUAACUACUUCACCCUUCCAUGCAAAGCAUGAAUGUGCCUUUUGCAGUGCAGGCCGGGGAUAUCGUCGUGUCAUGUGACGUGUUCCAAACACUUGUGAAAGGGACCCGGUCUUCCUCCCUGCUUGAACUUGUCAACCAAGUGUCGUCCCUUCCUAAGCUUUGGUCUCACCUCACCUGCCCCAGCUGUGCCCAGUGCUAUAAGUUGCUUCCAGGCUUUGGUUUCAACUCUCAUUUGUCCUCAGAACUUCGCUUGAGAGACCCUGUUAACACAGAUAAACAGGACUUGUUUUGGUUCAUGCUUGAGUUGCUCCAACAGUUAAACAGAUCAAGCUUCAGCUACAGGUUUUUGUUAUAGCUGGAGAGGAUCAAUCUCUCAGGAUCCAUAUACAGUGGAGCUCGGUCUAUCGAUCGGCAAAGUUCGUCAUCGGUCUUCCCUAUCCUCGUACAAGAGGCAACAAUACCAGGGUUUCAUCUGGGCUAGCUGCUCUUGGUGCAUCAAGAUGAGAGGCUUUGCUUGCGCUCAUGCAGAGAAAAGGCAUCGCUUGGACAGAACUUUUUCCGGUUUAAGCAAGAAGGAUUGCAUCGGAAGCUACUAUGCCAAGGAUGCCAAGUACAAGCCCUUCAGCGCGCUGCUGCCCGAAGGCUACAGCGGCAAGAUGCUCUACGUGAAGCUCGUCCUCGUCCUCCUCAUGUGCGGCUCCUUCAUGGGCCUCCUCAACUCGCCGUCGAUCCACCUCGCCGUUGAACAACACCACACACAGCCAGAGGCGUCGAAGGCGAGCUGGAUGUCGCACCCCGACGCGCCGAACUCCGGGUACGCGUCUAGCCUGAAGAUCGACUGGUCGCAGAUCGAAACGGCGGUGAAACUGCAGGUCGCUCCGGCAGAGGACGGCGGUGGGCUCCGGGUGGCGUUGCUCAACUUCGACGCCGGCGAGGUCGAGGAAUGGAGGGCGCGGCUGCCGCAGACGGAGGCCUCGACGGUGCGCCUUGACCCCGUCGGGAAAAACGUCACCUGGGAGCACCUGUACCCUGAAUGGAUAGACGAGGAAGAGCUGUACGGCGCGCCGUCGUGCCCGGACCUGCCGGAGCCGGCGGCGGCGGGAACGGAGUGGUACGAUGUCGUCGCGGUGAAGCUGCCGUGCGGGCGCGCGGCCAGCUGGUCCAAGGAUGUGGCGCGGCUGCACCUGCAGCUCGCCACGGCGCGCCUCGCCGCGCGCCACGGCCGGCGUCGCCCGGCGGCGGCGCACGUGCUCGUGGUGUCCCGGUGCUUCCCGGCGCCGAACCUGUUCAGGUGCCGGGACGAGGUGGCGCGCGACGGCGACGUGUGGCUGUACCGGCCGGACGCCGACGACCUGAACCGGAAGCUCGCGCUGCCCGUGGGGUCCUGCAAGCUCGCCAUGCCGUUCAAGGCCCUGGGCGGUCCGUACGCCUCGCCGGCGCCGGAGCGGGAGGCGUACGUGACGAUCCUCCACUCGGAGCAGCUGUACGCGUGCGGCGCCAUCACGGCGGCGCGGAGCAUCCGGAUGGCGGGGUCGGGGCGCGACAUGGUGGCGCUGGUGGACGAGACGAUCGGCGCGCGGCACCGUGGCGCGCUGGAGGCGGCCGGUUGGAAGGUGCGGGCGAUCCGGCGGAUCCGGAACCCGCGGGCGUCGCGGGACGCGUACAACGAGUGGAACUACAGCAAGUUCUGGCUGUGGACGCUGACGGAGUAUGAGCGGGUGAUCUUCCUGGACGCCGACCUGCUGGUGCAGCGGCCGAUGGAGCCGCUGUUCGGGAUGCCGGAGGUGAGCGCAACGGGGAACGACGGCAGCCGGUUCAACUCCGGCGUGAUGGUGGUGGAGCCCUGCGAGUGCACGUUCCGGCUGCUGGCGGCGCACGUCGGUGACAUCGAGUCGUACAACGGUGGCGACCAGGGGUACCUCAACGAGGUGUUCUCGUGGUGGCACCGCCUGCCGUCCCACGCCAACUACAUGAAGCACUUCUGGGAGGGGGACACGGCGGAGCGGCGCGCGGCGAAGCGGCGCGUCCUGGCGGCGGACCCGCCCGUGGCGCUCGCCGUGCACUUCGUGGGGCUCAAGCCGUGGUUCUGCUUCCGCGACUACGACUGCAACUGGAACGUGCCGGCGCUGCGGCAGUUCGCCAGCGACGAGGCGCACGCGAGGUGGUGGAAGGUGCACGACGCGCUGCCGCCGCCGCUGCAGGGGUUCUGCCUGCUGGACGAGCGGCAGAAGGCGCUGCUGCGGUGGGACGUCGCGCGGGCGAGGGAGGCCAACGCCUCCGACGGCCACUGGGCCGUCCGGAUCGCCGACCCGCGACGGAGCGUCUGCGCCGGCGACGGCGAGGCCUGCCGGGAGAGGGAGAUCGCAGGCCGGCGGGUGGAAGGCAACCGGAUCACAACGUCCUACGCCAAGCUCAUUGCCAAUUUCUGACAUCCCUCGGGCAUGUCGGCGGUGACGAUCCAACGGCGCGUGCGCGCCCGCGCCGGGCCAGUGGCUUUCGAAUUUUGGCGCCAUCCGUGACUCCGUGAGGAUCGACGAGUUGGUUGGCGGCUGAGAUUUUUUUCCGACGAACCAAAGGGGCCAAGUUGCCCAACUGAACUUGGGUAUUCGAAUAGAAAAGCAGCGAGGGCUGCUGUAGUUUGUCAUGGUACUGCUCGGUGCUCUUCUCAUUAUCAGUAGAGAUUUACUCGUCAUAAAUCGAUUGAAAUUUGGCGUCAAUAUUACUA